GGUACUUUGUAACGGCAACCGGGCAAAAGCAGUCGUCGACGCGACUAACGGUAUUGGAAAAAAAAGGGUAAUACGAAUACGAAAGUAAGAAAGAAAGCAGAAAGGCAGCCCAAGGACCUCCUUGCUGGGCCGAUAAAUUGAGUGCUAGAGGAACUGCUGGCCAGGAUCUACGACCGCAGCAGCUUGUUCCUCAUCCGCUUACGGGGUGUUGCAGCAGCAGAAGAGACAGAGAGAGAAGAGCAACAACAGCGCGAGCAUCCCCCUUCCGCAUGGCUUGAGAGACAAAACAAAAAAGAGUCAACACAUUUCCCUUUUGGAGGCCAAAACCGGGGGCCCAGACAGCAUUCCGAGAGCGCAUCUCAUGAUGACAGCAAACGCCGCCACUGCUGCUGCUGCCACAGUCGGUGCUGCUGCUAAGUGGGGCACCGUCACAAGGCAGACGCCCCAAAAAUAGACACACCGACGAACGGAGUGGAGAGAGAUGCUGCCCAGCAGCAGCAGCAGCAGCCGCAGCACCGUAGUGCAGAUGCCGCCACCGCCGCCUCAGGUCUGUGCCUCCGCCUCCACCACAUCGCAUUCGUCUGGCCUGGUGCUGGGCGUCUGUUGUGACCAGCUGAUGCCACAGCAUUCGCAUUCCCAUCCACAUCCAGUGCAUCGCACGACGACAGCAGCCCCCGUUCCAGCAGCAUCAAAGAAGGAAUCAUUGGAGAAGGAGAGGCACAAGGAGAGGCAGCUUCUUGCCACCAAAUGGCCACCGCCUUGCUUCAUUGUCCUUGCCUCGCUCCUGGAGGUGAGUGUGGAGUCCACUGGAGUAUCAUUUCUGCAGUGCUGGCGCUUUUAAUGCGAUUAAACUCUCGACCCGAGGGUUGAUUGAGGGCCACCGUAACGUAACGUUUGUGGCGAUUUUUGGGUGACGGAAGGUU